UUUCGGAUGGAGUGAUUAUUCUUUUUCAGUUGAUAACCUACAAAGGCUGGUUGAAUCAGGUGUAAAUAUGAAACUAAAUUGGAUAAGGAUAGAUUUGAGUAAGAUUAACCUAUCUUCAGUCAGUGGUAGAACAUUAGCUUGCCUUCUUAAGAUUUCCCCAGACCUGAGGCAUAUUGACAUCAGUUAUUGCAGUUUAUCAGGCAGUAUUGUUAAUGAAAUGAUGGAGGAAUGUGGUAGGAUGAAUGUAGCAUUGGAAGACGAAAUUCUUGUUCUAAAGGGCAAUGACCUUUCAGAUAUUGAUGGUAAAUCACUUGCAGAGUUAGUUAGAGUAAUUCAUAAUUUUUUUUAUAUUAAGGAUUAUGCUAAUGAACCUUUCAGAUGGAGUGAUUAUUCGCUUACAGCUGACAAUUUGGAAAAGCUGGUUGAAUCAGUAGGUGUAAAUAUGAGACUGAUGUGGAAAAGGAUAGAUUUGAGUAGGAUUAACAUAUCUUCAAUCAGUGGUAGAACAUUAGCUGGCCUUUUUAAGGUCUCCCCAGACCUGAGCCAUAUUGACAUGAGUUAUUGCAGUUUGUCAGACAGUACUGUUAAUGAAAUGGUAAAGGAAUGUGGUAGGAUGAAUAUAGCAUUGGAAGACAGCAUGCUUGAUUUGAAGGGCAAUGACUUCUCAGCAAGACAGUUUCCCCUGCCAGAAUAGCUGCAGCAGCUCACCACUACUUAGCCUUGAAUCAACUGAUUUUUGAUUCCUUGAUAUUAGCUGUGCAGCUUAAACACCCGAUGGAAAGUUUUAAAAGACCAUCCUGUUUUGUUGUAUGGCAGCAGCUCUUGCUACAGUAGUCUUAAACUAAUUCUUUAUUCUGAAUUAAGAAUUAGUUUAAUACUAUUUUGAUUUUUAUUUGCAUUGCAUUUUCCAUGUUUACCCUCAUGUUUAUUGAGCUACUGUAGGUAUACAGUAGUAGUAACAGAGGCAUUCCAGAAGAGGGAGGUUUGUUCAUUGCGAAACAAAUUCCCCUAACAUUGACUGUAAUAUCACGAUCAUCAGACACCAUUUGUUGUGGCUAAGGAAAAUGGAAAUCAGGAUACUGUUUUUUGGGGUUUUUUUGUGCCAAACAUAUGAAAGCAACAUGAAUUAAAUUCACAUAUGACAAUGUUAUAUAUAUUAAGAAUCAACAAAAAAAAAAUAAAAUAAGAAAUUUUUCUAUUUUUAUUCAAUUAUUAAAGUCAUUUUUGUCUUAUCUUUCGGAUGCUGCAACUUUGACAAAUGUUUGCAUUUUGAAUGGAGUAAUUACUUUGCAAGUAAUCAUUAAAUUCAUUUUUAGUUGCCUAAAAGUAAUAUAAAGACAGUCGAAUAGAUUGCAUAUAUCCUGAAAAAAUAUGGGAAUUUUUUUUCGCUCCUAGGCAGUGGCGUGUCAUUUUUGUCUUAUCUCUUUGGUUGUUGCAAGUGUGAGCAUGCUUGGGUGCCUGAGCACCCCCUUCAGAGGUUGUAAAAAAAUAAAAUGAGUUAAUGAUUGGAAUGAAUGCUACAGUUUUUUGCUUUUCAAACAGCAAAACACUCUUGAUGUCUUAUUCGAAAAGUACCUUAGGUGAUACUUUUAUACCUAUGGACUAAUACUGUACUAAUAUAACACAUGGGCAGGAUGGGUUUUUGCCAGGCAUUACACUCAACUUUUGUUAAUCCCAUGCAGAAAAGUGCAAGGUAUGGGGACGAAUAUCUAUGAAGCUUAACCUUAUGUGUGUAAUAGAUGUGGACACUUUCUGAGUUUUCAGUGUGCCAAAUGGUCAAUUUAAAUACUAUAUUUCUCUUUUUUUAGAAGUACAAAAGAUUAACAUAUUCCAUUUAUACAGGUCUUAAAUAAUAAUAAUAAUAUCUCAAAUUUGUAACGCGCCAAUUCCAAACAAGAUCAAAGGCGCAACACAUGUGAAAAGCCACAGGAAAACAAAUAGGUUUUAAGCUGCAAAUAGUGUUGGAAGAAGUUAUGUAAUUUGGAAGUUGGUUUCACAAGUAGGCAGAAGCAAAAGUAAAAGAACAUUGACCGUAGGUUUUGGUAAGGCAUUUGGAGACAGAAAGAAGGAUUCCUACAAUAAAAGACUAGUUUUUGGACCUUGGUUUUUAUCCUCUUUUAAGACACUUUUGUUGGCUCCAAAUGUGUUAAUAAGAUUCUAUUGUAAUACUUAAGCCUGGUUUUCACGAGAGCCCUAGUAUCCGGAUUGGGAGCUAAUGGCUAGCCAAUAAGAAACUGCUAACGGUUAGCAAGCGCUAUCGGUUAGUAAGUUGAGCACAUUUCUAUCAUCAACCAAUCACACGUACGCGUUUACAAUUUACAGUUUCUUAUUGGCCAGUGAUUCGAUCAUCAUAUUUUUGGUAUCCGGAUCGGAUUUUCUCGUAUGGACGCACGGCAACUAAUGGUUAGCGGGAGCCACAUUCUGUGUGAGAACAUAGCAAUUAUCUGAAUGACAAUGACAAUAAACCUUGUUAAUAGUGUUACACAAUACUUGGCUGUAGAGGUAACACAGAAUUAUUGUACAUUUGAAUUAUUCAAUGCAUUAGCUAUAAACUGUACAUUAUAAAAAAUCGUUUCAAAUUAUAAAUGCAAACUUUGGUGUAUUUUUUUUUUAUAAAGGAUAUAUAUGUGAGCUGUUUUAAUAUAAAUUGUAUAAAGUAUGAUUCUAUAAAUAAUAUGUAUAUUAAGAGAUUGGCUUUUAACUUCAUAAUAGUGCUUGUGGGAAAUUAAAAAUUGCAAGAAACGGAGGGUUUUGCCAGAGCCGGUCACAUUUUUGUACCAUGCUGUAGGGGGCGCCCUGAUAAAAACUUUCACUAGAGUUCCUAUAUAGAAUUCUCUAUUUAGAAACUCAAACUUUCACUACUAAAUACAGCACUGAGCUUAGAAUUAAACCAUACUGUAUAUUUUGUCAGCCCCUUAUAUGAUUUUAAUAGCUAGAAGCAGUUAAAUUUUGAAAUUUGUGAAAUAAAGCCAUACAUAAUUUAGUAUUAACCGAUAUAUUUUUAGCUGGUAUUUUAGAGUUUGAAAAAAAUAUUUGUAAAAAUCAUUUCACUUGUUGUAAACAAAUAAACAUUUCAA